GGGCGAGGGGAAGCCCGGGGCUCCCGAAGCCGAUCGGGGGGAUCACCGGGAGCCGCGGCGCCCCCCUGCUUUGGGGUCGUUUCUGCAGGCGGAAAACUCUCCGGUGUUUGGCAAACUUGGUGCCUCCGCGCCGGUUCCAGUUGCACCCAGAACUCACGCUUGCACACAUCCUCCCAAACUCCCCCUGCACCCCCGCGAUUACUACGACUCGAAACGAGCCCUGGGCCGCCGGGAGCGGCGGCGGCUGGCAGGCGCGGCGGGCGCGGGUCACGGAGCAGGUAUUGAUGCCUUAAAAAAAAAAAAAAAAAAAAAAAAGGAGGAUUUAGUAAAGUGUUUGGAUUUUACUGAAACUCAGCGAAGAUGGCCAAGUAUGGAGAACACGAGGCCAGGCCUGAUGAUGGGCAGAAUGAGUUCAGUGACAUCAUUAAGUCCCGAUCUGAUGAACACAAUGACGUGCAGAAGAAAACCUUUACCAAAUGGAUAAACGCUCGCUUUUCAAAGAGUGGGAAGCCGCCCAUCAGCGAUAUGUUCACAGACCUCAAAGAUGGAAGGAAGCUGCUGGAUCUUCUGGAAGGCCUCACGGGAGCAUCGCUGCCGAAGGAACGUGGCUCCACAAGGGUGCAUGCUUUAAAUAAAGUCAGCAGAGUUCUGCAUGUUUUGCAUCAGAACAAUGUGGAUUUGGUGAAUAUCGCAGGAACUGACAUUGUAGAUGGAAACCGCAAGCUGACACUGGGUUUGCUGUGGAGCAUCAUUUUGCACUGGCAGGUGAAAGAUGUCAUGAAGGGCAUCAUGUUAGCCUUGCAGCAGACAAACAAGGAAAAGAUCCUGCUGAGCUGGGUGCGCCUGUCCACCAGGCCAUACAGCCAAGUCAAUGUCCUCAACCUCACUACCAUCUGGGCAGACGGGCUCGCCUUUAACGCCCUGCUCCACCGACAUAAACCUGAUCUCUUCAGCUGAGAUAGAGUUUUCAAGAUGUCCCCUACUGAGAGACUUGAACAUGCAUUCAGCCAGGCUCAAAUGUACUUUGGAAUUGAAAAGCUGUUAGAUCCUGAAGAUGUUGCUGUUCAGCUUCCUGACAAGAAAUCCAUAAUUAUGUAUUUAACAUCUUUGUUUGAGGUGCUACCUCAGCAAGUCACCAUAGAUGCCAUCCGUGAAGUAGAGACUCUCCCAAGGAAAUACAGGAAAGAAUGUGAAGAAGGAGAUAUUAAUAUUCAGAAUAUCAAAGUUCAUCUGGACAAGCUCGGAGAGCAGAUCGCAGUCAUUCACGAGAAACAACCAGAUGUUAUCCUCGAAGCCUCUGGACCUGAAGCUAUUCAGAUCCGGGAUACACUCACUCAACUGGAUACGAAAUGGGAUGGAAUUAACAGGAUGUACAAUGAUCGUAAAGGUUACGUUGACAGGUCUAUGGAAGAAUGGAUAAAGUUCCACUGUGACCUCAAUGAAUUCAGCUUAUGGGCAACGGAAGCUGAGGAGUUACUGGCUGAUGCCUUGGCUCCAGAUGGUGGCUUGGACCUAGAGAAAGCCAGGGUCCACCAAAAGGAACUUGAAGAAAGCAUUAGCAGUCACCAGCCCGGCUUUGCAGCCCUGAACAGAUCCUGGGAUGGGGUUGUCCAGAGACUCGGCCCCAUGGAUGGGAGCGCCUUAAAAGACAAGCUGGACAGCCUAAAUCAACGUUGGGCUGCGAUCAUCGCAGAGGUGAAGGAUCGGCGGCCAAGAAUAUAUGGAGAAAACAAGCAAGUGAUGGAAUAUAGAAGGAGACUAGAUGAGAUUACCUGUUGGUUAACAAAGGCCGAGAAUGCUGUGCAAAAGAGAUCCACCACCGAGCUGGAAGAAAAUUUCAAAGAAUUAACGGACUUAAACCAGGAGAUGGACGUACAAGCUGAGAAACUCAAAUGGCUGAAUAGAACUGAAUUGGAAAUGCUCUCAGAUAAAAGUCUGAGUUUACAUGAAAGAGAAAAAAUGUCAGAAAGCUUAAGAACUGUGAAUUCCACUUGGAAUAAGGUAUGCAGAGAUGUGCCCACUGCACUGAAGGAACGCGGCCAGGAGCCCUGCUCAGUUUCUCAGACAAGAACUGCUGCUCAUCCUGCUCCCAUAAAGGUGGUGCUAGUGUCCUCUGCAUCAGAGCCUCCUGCUCAGGCUCCUCAUACUUCGGAAAUUUCAGUACCUGAUGAUCUGGAUAAAACGACAACAGAACUAGCUGACUGGCUGAUAUUGAUCGACCAGAUGCUGAAGUCCAACAUUGUCACUGUUGGGGAUGUGGGAGAGAUUAAUAAGACGAUUUCCAGAAUGAAAAUCACAAAGGCGGACAUGGAACAGCGCCAUCUUCACCUUGACCAUGCUUUAACACUGGCUCAGAAUUUGAAAAAUAAAGCUUCCAGUUCAGAUGUGAGAACAGCAAACACAGAAAAAUUGGAGGAGGUGAGGAACCAUUGGAACAGCACUCAGCAGAGCUUGGAGUUGCGGCUGAAGCAGCUGGAGGACAUGGUGAUUGACAGCCUACAGUGGGAUGAUCACAAGAAAGAGACUGAAGAACUUAUGAGAAAAUAUGAGGCUCGACUCUAUAGUCUUCAACAAGCCCGAAGAGAUCCACUUAACAAACAAAUUGCUGAAAAUCAACUACUGUUUCAAGAACUGGGUCCUGGAGACAGGAUCGUGAUGGUGUUCGAUAACAUCCUUCAGAAGCUGCUGAGGGAAUACGGGAGUGAUGACACAAGGAACGUGAAGAAAGCAACGGAAUAUCUAAAAACAUGCUGGAUCGACCUCAAACAAAGCAUUGCUGACAGACAGGAUUCCAUGGAGGCUGAACUGAGGGCAGUGCAGGCCUCUCGCAUGGACCUGGAGAAUUUCCUAAAGUGGCUACAAGAAGCAGAAACCACAGUGAAUGUACUUGAUGAUGCUUCUCAGCGGGAGCAUGCUCUUGAGGACACUGUCUUGGCCGAGGAGCUCACGCAGCAAAUGCAGGACAUUCAGGCGGAAAUUGAUGCCCACAAUGACAUAUUUAAAAGUAUUGAUGGAAACAGGCAGAAGAUGGUAAAGGCACUAGGAAAUUCCGAAGAAGCUACGAUGCUUCAGCAUCGACUUGAUGAUAUGAACCAAAGAUGGAAUGACUUGAAAGCAAAAUCUGCUAGUAUCAGGGCCCAUUUGGAGGCCAGUGCUGAGAAAUGGACCAGGUUGCUGAUGUCUCUAGAGGAACUGAUCAAAUGGCUGAAUAUGAAAGUUGAAGAGCUUAAACAACAAAUGCCUAUCGGAGGGGAUGUUCCAGCCUUACAGCUCCAAUAUGAUCAUUGUAAAGCACUGAGACGUGAGUUAAAGGAGAAGGAAUAUUCUGUCCUAAUAGCAAUAGACAAAGCCCGAGUUUUCCUGGCUGAUCAGCCAAUUGAGGCCCCCGUGGAACCAAGAAGAAAUCUACAAUCAAAAACAGAAUUGACUCCUGAGGAGACAGCCCAAAAGAUUGCAAAAAUGCGCAAACAGUCUUCGGAACUUAAAGAAAAGUGGGAGCGUCUAAAUGCUCUAACUAUUAACUGGCAAAAGCAAGUGGACAAGGCGUUGGAGAAACUCCGAGACCUGCAGGGAGCCAUGGAUGACCUGGAUACGGACAUGAAGAAGGCAGAGGCUGUGAGGAAUGCCUGGAAGCCCGUGGGCGACUUACUCAAUGACUCGCCACAGGAUCACAUUGAUAAAACCAUGGCAUUUAGAGAAGAAAUUGCACCAAUCAACCUAAAAGUUAAAACAGUGAAUGAUUUAUGGAGUCAGCUGUCUCUGAAGAUGUCUCCCCAGCUAGAUGACCUUAAUGUGCGAUGGGAACUUUUGCAGGUUUCUGUGGACGAUCGCCUUAAGCAGCUUCAAGAAGCCCAUAGAGAUUUUGGACCAUCAUCUCAGCAUUUUCUCUCCACUUCAGUCCAGCUGCCGUGGCAAAGAUCAAUUUCCAAUAAUAAAGUGCCCUAUUACAUCAAUCCUGUCACACUCAUCAGUAUAUGGCCAGAGAAUUAUGACCCUUCAUGGUCUCCUCAGCUAUUUCAUGAUAAUAAGGAUUCCAGGAUAGAGGAGCAUGCCACACGACCGGCCCAAAGGAGCAAUGGGUCUUUACCUACUGAUAGCAGCUCUACCACAGGAAGUGGGGAGGACGAGCAUACCCUGAUUCAGCAGUACUGCCAGACCCUUGGAGGCGAGUCCCCAGUGAGCCAGCCCCAGAAUCAAGCUCAGAUUCUCAAGGCAGUGGAAAGGGAAGAACGAGCAGAACUGGAGCGGGCCAUCACUGAGCUGGAGGAAGAACAAAGAAACUUGCAGAUGGAAUACGAGCAGCUAAAGGGGCAGUACCAGAGAAAGGAACUCCCAGUGAGCUCACCCCGGACUCACACAUCUGAGUCAGAACUGAUAACAGAAGUGAAGCUGCUCAGGCAGCAGCACAAGGGUCGGCUGGAGGCUCGGAUGCAAAUUUUAGAAGAUCACAAUACGCAAUUAGAGUCUCAGCUGCAUCGACUUCGACAGCUGCUGGAGCAGCCUGAAACUGAUUCCCGAAUCAAUGGCGUCUCUCCCCGGGCUUCACCUCAGCGAUCUGCACUGAGCCACUUGCUCAGUCCUGACACAGGCCCACAAUUCCACCAAGCAGUCCCAGCCGAGGAGGACCUGCUGGCCCCCCCUGAUGACACUAGCACCGACCUCACCGAAGUGAUGGAGCAGAUCAACAGCUCCUUCCCAUCCUGUAGUUCAAAUCUCCCCAGCAGGAGCGGGCAACAGGCAAUGUGAAGUACUCAUCUAGCCAACAAACAUUUCCUGACCUUCAGUAUUGCACUUUCCAGCAAAUGCCACUCCAAGCCCCAUUUAAUCAGAAGUUCCAUGGCUCCUUGAGAAGGCUGCUGAGCGCCGACCUUGUGUUCUACUGAAGGGGUGAAGCACUGACUAUCCAAAGAGAGAAGACAAUUUUGUUCUUAUGAUAAACCUGUAUUAUUAUUUUCUCCUUCCUUUUCUAUGCAACUGUAAAUUAAGGAACAGAGCAGUAUUGGGGAAUGGUAAUACAUUUUGUUACCGAUUUGUAUACUGUACACAGCAUUGGGAAAGUGUAUGGGGGCUUUCUAAUGUGAUGCUUCUUUUUAAUAACUGUGACAAAAACUUGCAUAGGAACUAGGAGAGAGUUUUACAUUCCUUUUCUAUAAUAUUAACCUUGUCAAUAACUUUAUGUAUUUCUUCAACUCUUUUACCUUGGUGGUUAUUUAUAAACUCAUCAGCCACAUGACCAAGUACAUUUCCUAUAUUUGCUUUCAUGAUUUGGCCAAUUAAUAGAUUCAUAUAGUUCAGUCAAUUAUAUUACAGGUGCAUGGAGAGGCUACAGCUCUGUGCAUACUUUUUAACUUUAUUUGACAUGAUACACUUAAAUUUUCUUAGCAAUCGCUUGGAAACCACACACACACACACAAAAAAAGUGGCUCUAACUGGCAUGUUCGUUGGUGUUUUACCUGCAUUUUAUUUCCCUGCUCUAUAUAAGUAGCUCUUGAUUUCUUUAUUUAUUUCAUCCCUCUGAGUUUAUAUGAUAGAGGAGACUUAAAGCAGGAUUAUAAUAAUCUCACAGAUCAUUUUACCAAAGGUUGCCUAUUUAGGCAUAUUUUUAUUUUGGGCACAGAAACAACACUUAGUACAACCUUUUCUAGUUCCCAUAUCUUGAUUUUCAUCAUUAAAUACACAGCAGGCCUUUACCCAAUUGUAAUGCCAGACACAUUAUCAUCUUUGGUUCCCUUUAAAGAAAAUUUUUAUUGUUGUUUAUGUAUAUUUAAGCCCUUAUAAUUCUUGGAACUUCUAGUUCUUUUCUUUUUUAAAGCAGACACAAAUUUAGUGCACAUCUCAUUUGCCCUUUUGGGUGAAUAGACAGAUUUUUAUUGUCCUUUAUGUAAUUCAUACAUUUGGGAAGAAUGUUUAUGCCACUCCUUCGGCAGAAGAAUGAAAUUGAAAGUUUGGAUGUUGGUAACCUGCCUAACUUCAAUUAGGCAUUUGGUUUAGCUUCUGAUUUAGCAUUUAAUUCACUCAGUUUAAACAUGGUAUAUAAUUACCAAAUGUAGAGAUUUUUUUUUAAGUUAAAAUGUUUUGAUUCAAGCACAUGUGCUUUUAAAACAGCAGGACAGUUGAACUCCAGAAGGAGGCUUAAAGUUAGAAAUUCUAUUCUUUGUGAAUAGGCCGGGUGGGUUGGGGGGCAAGGGUGUCUAUUUGCAGCAUAGAUAUUUUGAGAAGAAGAUUGUUUUAUAUAAGAGGAAAGCCAUGACCACCUUUCUACCUCAGACCCGUCUUUAUCCAUCUUGUCAGAAACAGCUUUACCCUGCUACAGUUUGCAAAACUUAAAGCUUUUAUCAGCCACAUUAUACCCAAGAAAAGCACCUAUUUAAAGAAAGAAAGAAAAAAAAAAAUCCCUGAACUCUGAACUACAAGUGUAGAUUUGGUGUCUUCUUUGUUCUUUGAAAAAGUUAUGUAUUAGUUUUUCCCUGCCUGUAAUUGUGUGUAACACGUCUUCUAUCUGCUAUUAAGGAAAAACUACAUAAAACACUACAUUGUAACCUUGUAAGAAAUAUUAUAUAAAAAGAAAUAUAAUGCAGUAAAAUACAAGGGGAAAUAAGUAUGUAGUUCUUUGGAAAUAUGUGGUAAAGUACUAACCAUAGACUGUCAUCUAAUGUGGUUACAUGUAUUUUUCAUCCCAAAUAAAAGUAAUUUUAACACAA